AUGUCCUCUUCUUGUGUCUGCUGGCUUCUCCUCCUUCUCCUUCUCCUCCCAGUUUUGUUCAGUCCUUGUUGGGCCAACUCUAUCACCCUCUCCCUCACCACCCAAUCCCAUCACCACUCUCAAAACAGCAGCCGGCUCAGCCUCAUGGCCUACGCGUCCAUUACAAGGGCCCGACACCUAAAGAAGUGCACCUCCGCCAGUACUCCCCUCUUCCCCGUCGAUGGCGAAUACUCCACCACCCUCGAAUUUGGAACACCGCCGCAGCGCCUGGGCUUCAUCAUGGACACCGGAAGUAGCCUCAACUGGUUCCCAUGCGGGGCCAACUACAAGUGCACCUUUUGCGGUAACGCCACCAACAUCCGCACCUUCAACCCAAAAUUAUCAUCGUCGUCAAAAAACGCCAGCUGCAGCUCCCCCCAAGUGAAACGAAUCAUUCCCGAUUUUCCACUCUGCAAGUCCUGUUGGCAACAUCCCACCUCCAAAUGCUCCAAACAAUACUUACACUACAGACAACCCUACGGGUCCGGAAUCACGACCGGGCAAUUUAUGUUAGAGUCUUUAACCCUCUCGGCAGCUGGGAAAAAUAAUAUUGUGCCCGACCUUUUUGUAGGGUGCUCCAAUUCCUCGGACCAUUUGACACCUUACGGAAUGGCAGGGUUCGGGCGCGGCCGCGAGUCCCUGCCGUCGCAGUUGGGGCUCAAAAGUUUCUCCUACUGCCCUGUAUCUCACCGAUAUGAUGACGACAAGAAAAUCCACAGUGAUUUGGUCCUUAACUGGGGCUUGGGGGAUGGAGGGUAUAAUGUGAAUGUGAUCAACUACACACCCUUUGCCCAGAACCCAAAUAUAUCACCUGAAUUCCUAGAAUACUAUUACGUCAACCUACUCGAGAUUCACGUCGGUUCUGUCAAAAUCAGCAUUCCGAAUAAAUACUUGAAGCCAAAUGACAACGGCUAUGGCGGCACGAUCGUAGAUUCCGGCACCACCUUUACUAUCAUGGAGAAAGUGUUAGCCACCGGAGGUCGCCACCAGCAGAGCCACCGGAGGCCGCCACCAAUCGAGCCGCCGAACGCCGCCACCAGUAGAGUCGCCGGAGCAUCACAGGUGCCUACACACAGCAAACCGCCGCCGCCAUAA